AUGCUUGUCCUUCGUGUGGACGGUGGUGGUGGUGGAGGACUGGAGGAUAUCGAGGCCGAAGCAGUGUGGAAAUCAGAGAUAUUGCAAAUAUGCAAGAAGUCCAUCGAGGACGGGGGAAUGGCCAGAGUGAAACCUGUGCUUGUCGAUGUCGCCUUGAUGCCGUCGUGCCCGGGGUUCCUAAUACCAACUCCACAAGGUGGACUCUGGGGAUACGGCCCGGGAAAUGGGGGCAAAGCUAAGGCUUGGAAGCGCGAGUCGAAUCCACUGUAUUUUAAGUUGUGUUUGGUCUAUAACAUUUACCUCGAGCCAGAAUCAGAACAGACGAAGAAGGGAACCAUCGGCACCAGGCAAUAUAUUCAGCUAUAUAAUUCGUAG